CCCAUAUUCUCCAUUUUCUGCGUCUUCUCCAUAUUGUCCCCGCAUUUCAUUCUCCACAUUCUAUUGAGACUCAAUGAACGACAUGAAUAUAAAUAAUGAUAUCAUGGGGUUCACUUUUUGUUCUGAAAUCCUUAGAAAACAAUCUCGUUGACUUGAUUAACCCCCAGGUGCUGACUUCAACACUCCAUUUCCAAGCACUAUUUCAGUCCACAUAGCCACAAUGACCCCUCUUGUUCACCACGUAUUGUUACUGAGCUGCAUUUCAAUGCUACGUGUGGCUUCUGCUCAAAACUAUACAGAACCCUACCGUCCCCAGUAUCAUUUCACCCCAGCUGAAAACUGGAUGAACGAUCCCAAUGGACUACUGUAUCACAAUGGCAUCUACCACAUGUACUACCAGUAUAAUCCAGGCGGGAAUACAUGGGGAAACAUGUCCUGGGGUCACGCAACCAGCACUGACUUGACUCAUUGGGAUCAUCAGCCUGUUGCUCUAUUGGCUCGUGGUUAUCCAGGCACUAUUACAGAGAUGUUCUUUUCUGGCUCAGUUGUUGCUGAUGUCAACAAUACGAGCGGUUUCGGUGUAGAUGGAACUGUACCUUUGGUUGCAAUUUAUACAUCAUACUACCCAGAAUCACAGAACUUAACAAGCGGAAAGUCGGUUGAGGGUGGCACACAGGCGCAAUCCAUCGCGUACAGCCUAGAUGAAGGCAUGAAAUGGACCACAUAUGACCUUGCCAAUCCUGUAAUCCCACUCCCUCCGACACCAUACGAAGACCAGUACGAAAACAUUCGUGAUCCUUUCGUUUUCUGGUAUCAUCCAGGCCAAAAGUGGGUCUUAGUAAUGUCGCUGGCAGCACUCCACAAACUUCUCAUCUAUACCUCUUCGAACCUGAAAGACUGGACUCAUAUCAGCGAGUUUGGCCCCAUAAAUGCGGUCGGUGGAGUGUGGGAAUGUCCUAGCAUUUUCCCACUUCCUCUUGAUGGAGAUGAGACGAACAUCAAAUGGGUUGCACAAAUCGGUCUCAACCCUGGUGGCCCUCCGGGCACCACUGGUUCAGGGACGCAGUAUGUGGUUGGAAGUUUCGACGGAGAAAUAUUUGUUGAAGACACCGUCAUCGAAAAUACUACUAAGACCGAGGUCAUUGUUUUCCAGGAUUUUGAGGGCAAUGGUACCUUUGCUGAUCUUGGUUGGACCACUACGGGUGAUUUCAUCGGUGCAAGCCCGGCCCAUGGCACUCUGUCUGGACAACAGUCUGUCUCUGGGUUCAAGGGUAGUCGCCUUGUGAAUACAUUCUUGGGUGGGGAUGCUGCCACAGGAACAAUCAUCUCACCACCUUUUACAAUAUCGCACAAAUACAUCAACUUUCUUAUUAGCGGUGGCAAUUUCCAAGAACAAGAGUGUAUCAACUUGAUAAUUGGAGGUCAGAUCGUGCUUACCGCUACUGGCUCUAACAGUGAAGCCCUCGUGCCGCAGUCUUGGAAUCUCACCGCGUUCAUAGGUGAGAUCGCUGUCAUUGAGAUUGUCGAUCAACUCACAGGCGGAUGGGGACAUAUCAAUAUUGAUCACAUCACCUUCUCCAGCGCAUCAACAGAAGAUGCCCGGACCAAUUGGAUGGACUGGGGUCCGGACUUUUACGCUGCGGCGACCUUCAAUGGGCUUUCCCAAAGAGAUCGCAUAAACAUCGCCUGGAUGAAUAACUGGCAAUAUGGAGGGUCGAUCCCCACAAGCCCCUGGCGAAGCGCUAUGUCUGUUCCACGAAACCUUUCACUCCAGACAGUCAACGAGGAAGUGGCCUUGGUACAGCAGCCAGUGGAGACCUGGGCAUCACUAGAGACGAAGUGUGGAUACGUCAACUCCUGGGAUAAUAUACCAGAAGGCAACCAGGCGCUAAAUUUAUCCGGGAAAGCACUUGACAUUACGUUAUCCUUCUCUGAUAGAUCAUCAAUCUCAGCAUCAUCGGACCAAUUUGGCAUCAUUCUGCGUGCCAAUGCCGACCUCACACAGCAAACACUUGUUGGGUACGAUUUCAGCACCAAGCAUAUGUUUGUCGAUCGGACGAAAUCGGGGAACAUCACAUUUGACAGUACAUUUUCAAGCCUGUAUCAUGCACCUCUGACUCCAGCAAGCGAUCGUACAGUAACUAUGCGAAUUCUACUAGACUGGUCAUCUGUUGAGGUGUUUGGGGGUAAAGGGGAAGUGACGUUGACCACUCAAAUCUUUCCAAACGAUGACGCAACGGGUUUACGGAUUUUCACAUCUGGAGGUGAUACUAGAAAGGUUAACAUAAGCGUAAAGUCGAUUGAACGAGCCUUUUGAGGUUUAUCUUUACGAUGUAAUAUUAUUUCUCCCAGGAAUUAAAAAGUACUCCGUUUUGAAUUAUAUUGGUUCUUCAAGAUACACCAACAUUAGCUUAUAAUAGGUAUAUCAACAAAGUUCUCACAUUUGUCUGAUG